AUGGGCAAGGAAAAGGCUCAAGGGCCUCUAGAGUACGAUCUAGAGGCCCCAGCGCACACGCUGCCAUUUGACGAUGUGCUUCGAAAGAUGGCAGUGAACCAAGAGUCUGGACUCUCCGAUAGCGAAGUCAAGAAGCGCAAGGACAUGUACGGGCUGAACCAACUCGACGAAGGCCCGGGCGUGCAGCCUUUCCGCAUUCUGGUCCACCAGGUGGCCAACGCGCUUACUUUGGUGCUCAUCAUGGCUAUGGUUGCCUCUUUUGCGAUCAAAUCCUGGAUUGAGGGCGGCGUCAUCACCUUUGUUAUCCUCUUGAACAUCAUCGUCGGAUUCUUCCAGGAGUUCAGUGCGGAGAAAACUCUGAGCAGCAUCCGAGCAUUAGGUUCGCCAACUGCUCGCGCUAUCCGCAAUGGACAGUCUGUUGUGGUCCCUACUAUCGAGCUCGUCCCAGGCGAUAUCGUUGAAUUGAUCACAGGAAACACGGUUCCAGCAGAUCUGAGACUGAUCGAGUGCGUGAACCUGGAAACAGAUGAAGCACUUUUGACUGGAGAAUCUCUUCCUGUGGCAAAAACGUCGCAUUCUACCUUUGACAAGGACAUGGGUGCGGGCGACCGCCUCAACAUCACUUUCAGCUCCUCUACUGUGACCAAAGGCCGCGCUAAGGGAAUCGUCAUCGCAAUCGGAAUGGGAACGGAAAUCGGGAAGAUCGCUGCGGCCUUGAAGAAGCAAGGCUCAAAGGUUAGAGCGGUGAAGCGCAAAGAAGAUGGUAGCGCGGGUUUCCAUCGUUACGUGCAGGCCUGGGCUCUCACGGGUGGCGACGCCAUGGGUCAUUUUCUGGGCAUCAACACAGGAACCCCGCUCCAAAAGAAGCUCUCGAAGCUCGCACUCUUGCUCUUCGGCAUCGCAUGCGUCUGUGCUCUCAUUGUUGAAGCAGCCAACAAGUUCAGCGGCAAGAACGAGGUUGUUAUCUAUGCUGUAGCCACAGGGCUCAGUAUGAUCCCAGCCAGUCUUAUCGUUGUGUUGACCAUCACAAUGGCGGUCGGCACAAAGCACAUGAGCCAGAGGAAUGUCAUCGUCAGGAAGCUUGACAGUCUCGAGGCGCUUGGUGCUGUGACUAAUAUCUGCUCGGACAAGACCGGAACGCUCACCCAAGGACGAAUGGUGGCGAAAGCCGCGUGGGUGGCAGGGCGAGGUACCUACAGCGUUGGAACCACUCGUGAACCGUUCGACCCAACCGAAGGCAGCAUCACGUAUCGUGAAGGUCCGCCGUGCGACCAGCGUGCAACUGAGACGGCUCUAGAUGCUUCACGCGUGCAGUCUGGCGCAGUAACCACUGAAGCCCCCACGACUGAGCGUUACAUGAACAUCGCAUCCAUGGCCAACGUUGCUCACGUACAGCUAAACGAGGGCAAGUGGACUGCGCGCGGAGACCCGACUGAAAUUGCGAUCCAGGUAUUUGCUUCGAGGUUCGGUUGGAAUCGCCAUGGCCUGGUAGGUGGCAACGACGACAGCGACACGGGAGCCUGGCACUGCCUGUCAGAGUACCCGUUCGAUUCCGAUACGAAGCGCAUGUCUGUCCUCUACGGUCGACGCAGCGGAGACCGCGAAAAGUACGCUUCACGUUGGGUUUUCACCAAGGGAGCUCUUGAGCGCGUCUUGCCUCUGUGCGUUUCGAUACAGGACGAGCAGGCAAACCCACGACCCAUGACAGACGCUGAUAAGAAGACCAUAAAUGACAGCGUUGACUAUCUUGCCAACCAAGGACUUCGCGUACUUUGUCUAGCAAGCACCGAGUGGACAGGUCCAGAACUCGCCGAUUACAGCGAUGUUAAACGUGCGGACGUCGAACAGCAGCUCACUUUCUGCGGAUUGGUUGGUCUUUAUGAUCCACCUCGUCCAGAGUCUGCGGAUGCUGUUGCGGCUUGUGCUCGCGCAAGCAUCAUCGUCCACAUGCUCACGGGCGAUCAUCCUGGAACAGCCACCGCCAUCGCGAAACAAGUCGGAAUCAUCCCCGAUCGUUACGAGCAUCUAGCUGCUGACGUAGCCAACGCAAUGGUCAUGACAGCCAUGCAAUUUGACAAGCUGACCGAUGAUGAAGUUGACGCUUUGCCCGUACUUCCACGCGUAAUUGCGCGAUGCACGCCCCAGACCAAAGUCCGAAUGAUUGAAGCUCUCCACCGUCGGGGCCGUUUCGCUGCGAUGACGGGUGACGGUGUCAACGACUCGCCGUCACUAGUGCGUUCAGAUGUUGGCAUCGCUAUGGGCCAAGCGGGCAGCGACGUGGCCAAGGAUGCUUCAGAUAUCAUUCUGACCGACGACAAUUUCGCUUCGAUUCUCAACGCUGUAGAGGAGGGCCGCCGGCUUUUCGACAACAUCAAGCGUUUUAUCCUCCAUGUGCUCGCUGAGAAUAUUGCGCAGGCCGCCACACUUCUUGUUGGUCUCGCUUUCAAGGACUCGGCAGGCAACUCAGUCUUCCCCCUAGCACCGGUCCAAAUUCUUUGGGUCAUCAUGGCCACCAGCGGCAUGCCCGAUAUGGGCUUGGGAAUGGAAGUUGCUGAGCCGAACAUUAUGAGCCGACCGCCUCACGACCUGAAGACGGGAGUGUUCAAUACCGAACUCAUUGUCGACAUGGUCGUGUAUGGAUGCUGGAUGGCAGCUCUAUGCCUGACGUCCUUCGUCCUCAUUGUCUUCGGCUUUGGCAAUGGAGACUUGGGCGAGAACUGCAAUAAUUCGUACUCCGAGCGCUGUGACCUCGUCUUCCGUGCACGCGCGACCACCUUUGUCUGUCUGACAUGGUUUGCGCUAUUCCUGGCGUGGGAAAUGGUCAACUUCCGCCGCUCAUUCUUCCGCCAGAAACCGCGCGACGCCAACUACCGCUGGUACCAUGUCUUCUAUUCCUGGUGGGAGGACAGCCGGAGCAACCCCUUCUUGUUCUGGGCCAUCAUCGCCGGUUUCGUUACUAUUUUCCCAACUUUGUAUAUCCCCGUCAUCAAUCAUGCCGUCUUCAAGCACGAAGGCAUCACAUGGGAAUGGGGAGUCGUUGUCGUCGAGGCUAUUCUCUUCUUCGCCGGCUGCGAAGCCUGGAAAUGGGCCAAGCGUAUCUUCUUCCGCAGACGUGCUCGGAAGCAGGGCGGAAGUGAUCCGCUCGAAGCCGUCCGUCCAUCAGGCAUGAGCAACACUAUCAACUCCGGCGAAGACACCAUGGACCAGUCUACCGUUGUUAACUCCACCUUCAACUCCACCUUUGGCAAGCAGAGUCAAUGA